GAAUUGCCCCAAUAACUGUUAUAACUCAUAGGGACAAACUGAAUACUGAAGAAAAUAAGAGAGACGCUUUUGACGAGGCAUCAGCUGCUACCGGUAGCUCUCCUAGCCACACUUUCUUCAUGUGGAACUACACCAAAGAAAACAAGAAACGUAACCCUGAGAUAGAGCGCAUGACAUUUGACAUCUUGCACUAUGCUUUGAUGACCGCUGAACGGGCUGUCAAGAUCAUGAAGCAACAAGAGAAAAACAAAAAAGAGGAUGAGAUGAUAAAAGCUCUCGAGGGAGUUACUAUCAGUGGACAAGUGGCACCUGAUUCUGUUGACGCUUCCGUGGAAGUGUUUUUGCGUUUCCUCCAGAAGGAAUACCAGUGGUCGACAAACAGUAUCAUGACAGCUUCGAGCAAGUUGGCCAAAGAUGACAUAACAAGUGUAAAGUUAUUGGCCAUGAGCUGGAGUGAAGUUCGACAGCACUUUCCAGCUGGGAUGAGUAGAAUGAUCGAGAAGGAGCUCAGGAAACGAGGCAUGAUCUCAUAAACAAUUGGGUGGCGUCUGGACACGGACUCAAAGUACAGGAAACCGUAGUUUCUUGAGCAAAUUUGACCAAUUUUUUUCUAACGUUUAAGGGGCAGUUAAUAGGCUAAUGCUGAGCACAUAGUUGUUUUUAAAAGACAACAUUUCAUUUCUGAUGGUUAGGCUAAUUAAAAAUUAUUAAUCGAAA